GCUAGAGCUCUCUUAGUUGUUAUGUUAAAAUGGGUGUUAUUUUAGGUGCUAUAGUCGGACUUUUGAUCACACUUUUGAUUUGUACUGUGAGGUUGUUUCUUGUUCUUCAGAAGAAUGUAGACUACAUACCAGGAAAGAAGGGUGCCGUCAGUGUGCUUGUGGUUGCAGGAUCAGGAGGACACACAACUGAAAUUCUCAGACUGAUGGCGUCUCUUUCCCGGUCCUACUCUCCAAGACAUUAUGUCAUCGCUGACACAGACAAAAUGAGUGAAGAUAAAAUCCGCACCCUUGAAAAUUCUCACAAAGAAAAAGACACAACACGACAGUUUACUAUUCAGCGAAUCCCUAGAAGUCGAGAGGUCCAACAGUCCUGGAGUUCUUCGGUGCUCACGACUUUAUAUUCACUGCUCUACUCUGUGCCUCUAGUCUUUAAGCUGAAGCCAGAUUUGAUAGCUCAAAAAUAUGACUACCAGAAGGAGGAGGAGCUGCGUGUUUGGAUUGAGGACGUCACUGGCAUGCAGAUCGGGGGGGAAAACUUCCAGAAGGGCCUGAAGGACGGGGUUAUCCUCUGCAAAUUGAUAAACAAACUUCAGCCUGGAUCGGUGAAGAAAAUUAACCAUUCUCAACUUAACUGGCAUAUGCUGGAGAACCUUGGGAAUUUCAUCAAAGCCAUUCUGGCCUAUGGGAUGAAGCCUAAUGACAUCUUUGAAGCAAAUGACCUCUUUGAGUCUGGGAACAUGACCCAAGUCCAGACCUCACUGCUGGCCCUGGCAAGUAUGGCGAAGACCAAAGGCAUAAAUCCAAAGAUUGAUAUUGGAGUGAAAUAUGCAGACAAACAAGAAAGGUGUUUUGAUGAAGAAAAAAUGAAGGCUGGUCAGUGUGUUAUUGGACUGCAGAUGGGAACCAACAAGUGUGCUAGCCAGGCCGGUAUGACUGCAUAUGGGACCAGGAGACACCUUUACGACCCAAAGACACAGACCGACAAACCAUAUGAUCAGACUACCAUCAGCUUACAGAUGGGAACCAACAAAGGGGCAAGCCAGGCUGGAAUGGUUUCUCCAGGAACCAGAAGAGACAUCUUUGACCAGAAGGUGGCGAUGCAGCCAGUGGACUCCAGUACCAUCUCACUACAGAUGGGCACCAACAAAGUGGCCUCGCAAAAGGGCAUGAGCGUGUACGGGCUGGGCCGGCAAGUAUACGACUCUAAAUACUGCACCGCCCCCACAGAGCCUGUAAUGCACACCAACGGCAGCCAGGGAACAGGAACAAACGGCUCAGAGAUCAGUGACAGUGACUACCAAGCAGAGUACCCAGAGGAGUAUGAAGGCAACUAUAAUGAUGAAUACCACGGGCAAUAUAAUGACCAAGGCGUAGAUUAUUAAGUGACGAAAAAACAGUAUUAACUAUUAACCCAGUGUUUUAACUACCAAGCAAGCCUUUGGUAUCUUUGCUAGUCUUCCUUCUCUUCUGAUGCCUAAAGUAAAAAAGAAAAAAAAAAUAUUGCCUUAUCUACAUUCCUUUUUCUCCCACUCUAACCUCAACUUAUCUAUUCACCUUUUUAGUGCCGUAACAAUACCAUGUGCUGUUAUCCUAUAAUUUUUUUUAAAUAAUCUUUUGACCUAUAUAAAGUACUGUGAAUAACUUGUGUUCUUUCCCAUCUUACUGUUCACUUUGGCAGCCUAUGCAGUAUCAGAUGUGUGCACCACUUUCUCAAUGUAUUUUACUUGUAGUCUUACAUUUCAGCUUGUUCAGUUCUUAAAAAGAAGCAAGCACAUUUGAUAAAACAAACAAAAAAACUACCUAUCACAGUGGAGUAGUCUUAAUGUACUUUUAUUAUUAUUUUUUUAACCACAUUAAGGUAUAUGGAUUUAUUUUCGGACAAAGUUUGAUUCAUGUCAUUGUGGCUUGUGACUUACUGCAACUCUGAGGGCUAAUGAAGAAGGAAACAAAUGAUUAAAAUUGAUUUCCUCUGUCCUUGAUGAGUUUUGAAAUCACUGGAACUGUGUUUUGAAAUCAUGAAGAAUGAAUGUUAGUAUUUUGUUAUAUUCAUUAGAACUGACCAAACUAUUUUUAUUAUAAAACAUGCCUUCUGUUGUUAUUAAUUAGUCUUGCAUUGUUGUAUGUGCCAUACUCUACCCAUGUAGGAACUUUGAUUUUCCUUUUAAGUGUAUUUAUUUCCAUGUCUUUCGAUACAAGCUUUUUUUUGUGUAUGGUCUUUUUUAUAAAUAAAUUUUAUGUUAUAAGCUUGC